AUGGCAAUUUGUCGGAUAUAUGGGAAUCCAAGUUUGUUCAUUACCAUGACAGCAAACCCAAACUGGAAGGAAAUAAAGGACCAUCUAGCAACUUAUGGCGAGGUUUCAGGUAAUGAACGCCCUGAUGUUGAAUGUCGCGUUUUCCAAAUGAAACUCAAACAAUUUCUUAAAGACCUCGAGAAAGGGACAUUUUUCACCCCAUGUGUUGCAGAUUUGAUCAUCUGGGACGAAGCACCAAUGUCUCAUCGACAUGCGUUUGAAGCUCUAGAUAGAACACUAAGAGAUUUGAUGUCUACAGAAGAUUCAACAGCUAGCGAGAAAAUGUUUGGUGGGAAAACGGUGCUACUUGGCGGAGAUUUCCGUCAAAUUCUUCCAGUAAUCACACAUGGGACACGAACAGAUACAGUUCUAGCGUCUAUACACAAGUCAUAUAUAUGGGAGGCAUGCAACAUAUAUCACUUAGAAAAAAACAUGAGACUACACCAUUCAGAAACAGGUUUUGCUACAUGGUUGCUAAGUGUAGGCGAUGGAACAGCCCGAGAGUGCGAUCAUAACAAGGGAAAUAAGAAUGACGAAGGACAACAAGUGAUCAUUGGAAACAGCUUUCUUCUGGAACCUACUGGACAUCCACUGCAACAAAUUUCUCAAACAACAAGAAAGCCCCAAAACGACCUUCAAAGCAUAACAGAAGCCCUAACAGAAAAAGCUAUUUUAACUCCAAGGAACGAAACAGUGGAUGAGAUUAAUGCAUACAUGUUAGCAGAAGUAGAAGGAAAGUUAAAGGAUUAUUUCAGCUAUGACAACAUCCGCAAGGCAGAUACAAUCGGUGCAGACUAUGAAGCAUCAUACCCUAUGGAGUACUUAAACUCGCUAGAGUAUCCAGGCAUGCCGAAAUAUAAGUUAAGUUUAAAACUUGGCGUCCCUAUAAUGCUCAUGAGGAACAUUAAUCAAAAAGAAGGUCUAUGCAACGGAACGAGGCUAAUAGUCACAAAACUGGGAGACCAAGUCAUUGAAGGAGAAAUACUCACUGGUACACACGUUGGAAAUAAAGUCCUGCUACCAAGGAUAAUUUUGUCCCCACCGAUUUCAGACCACCCUUUCACACUGCGGAGAAGGCAAUUUCCAGUACGCUUCUACUCUACUUACCCAGACCAGUCUUCAGCCAUGGCCAACUAUACGUUGCUCUAUCAAGAGUAA